AUGCAGGAAGAGAGCGCAAAUGAUAUGGAAUGUGAACAGCUGCCAGCAGAGAUACUGCGACAAGUGACCAUUCACCGAGACCCUAUAUAUGGCUUUGGCUUCGUGGCUGGCAGUGAGAAGCCUGUGGUGGUCCGAUCUGUGAGGCCAGGAGGCCCCUCUGAGGACAAGCUCCUGGCUGGUGACCAGAUUGUGGCUAUUAAUGAGGAGGACGUGAGUGAAGCCCCCAGGGAGAGGUUCAUAGAACUCAUCAGGAGCGCUAAGGAAUUCAUCGUUCUUACAGUUCUGCACACUCAUCAGUCCCCCAAAUCUGCCUUCAUCAGUGCUGCGAAGAAGGCCAAGCUGAGGUCCAAUCCUGCGAAGGUUCGAUUUUCUGAGCAGGUGGCAGUUAAAGAAACAAAUGCAAAAAUGAUGAAGAAGGAAGCUCUCCUCCUCAUCCCCAACGUCCUGAAGGUUUUCUUAGAAAAUGGGCAGAUUAAGUCAUUCACGUUUGAUGGCCGGACCACUGUAAAGGAUGUGAUGGUGACAUUACAGGACCGUCUUUCCCUGAGGUACAUUGAGCAUUUUGCUCUUGUCCUUGAGUACGCUGGGCCAGAACAGAAUCACAAGUUUCUGCUUCUCCAGGACAAGCAGCCCCUGGCUUAUGUGGUGCAGCGGACACACUAUCAUGGAAUGAAAUGCCUCUUCCGAAUAAGCUUCUUUCCCAAAGACCCUGUGGAGCUCCUGCGUCGGGAUCCUGCUGCUUUUGAGUACCUAUACAUCCAGAGUCGGAACGAUGUUAUCCGAGAACGCUUUGGAAUGGAGCCCAAACCAGAAAUGCUUUUGGGACUUGCUGCCCUCCACAUCUAUAUCACUGUCUCAGCCACUCGACCUAGUCAGAAGAUCUCACUCAAGAAUGUGGAGAAGGAGUGGGGCCUGGAACCCUUUCUUCCCCCCUCCCUCCUGCAGGGCAUCAAAGAGAAGAACUUCCGGAAAUCUCUCUCUCAGCAACUGAAGGCUCACCAAACACAUCCUUCCUGUGGCACCAAGGGCUCUGCAAUUCAGGCAAAGCUCCAGUAUCUUCGAAUUCUGAAUGAACUUCCGACCUUCACUGGCGUUUUGUUCAACACUGUGGGCCUGGACGAGAAGCAGUCGGCCACCACUCUCUUGGUGGGACCCCGUCACGGCAUCAGCCAUGUUAUUGACCUCAAAACCAACCUCACCACUGUGCUGUCCGAGUUCAGCAAGAUCAGCAAGAUCCAGCUGUUCCGGGAGAACCAGGGCGUGGCCCGGGUGGAGACCAGCAUCAUGGAUGCCAAGCCUCUGGUGCUGUUGAUGGAGUGGCCAGAAGCCACCAACUUUGCCUGCCUGAUUGCAGGGUAUUGCCGCCUCUUGCUGGAUUCCAGGAAGAUGAUCUUUUCCAGGCCUGCCAACCAGCCUCUUCCACCUCCAAUGAUCAAGGCAGAUUACAUGCACAGCGCCCACCGCCCUGUCACUGGGGGCCACCUGGGGAAAAAGGAGAGUAGUUAUGUGGGCAGCGUGGGCCCCAGCCCCAGGAAGUCGAGCCGCUGCACGCCCCCGCCUGCCGACUCUGAGCUUGUCAGCUUCUGCUACCUCCACAUGCGGGAACAAAGGAAGGAGCAGGAAAGCCGGACGGAUGUCAAUGAGAACCUAAUCUUCUUUGAGGAGAGCAGGCCCCGGACCAAGUCUGACCCCACAUCCAAAAGCUCUGGCCAAGGUUACGAUGUAGUCCCCGAUGACUUUGAUGCAGCCAGCCUGGACCAUGAGCCUUGUGCCAGCAGGGCCCGGUCCUACACCUUGGACAAUUCCCUUGGGGCAGAAGCCCUGAAUUUCUACUGUGACUCUUGCAAAGCCAAACUGCAGGAACAACUGGGCCCACGCAAAGGCGGAAGGCCUGGCUCCUCUCGUGACAAUAUAGUAGAUCUGAUGUCCCUCCCACCGCCAGGGAGUGAGGAGGAGGAGGAGGAAGAAGAUGAGACAACUUCUUUGUUGCCUGCCAUUGCUGCCCCACCCCCUGGCUUCCGAGACAACAGCUCUGAUGAGGAUGACCCCAAGCGCCGGGCUGUCCAGAGCCAGGAGCAAGGACGCCACCUGCGUGGGCUCCUGUAUGAUGAGAUUCCAGUGACACUAAUUGACAGCGUGCAGACCCGGACAGUCCGAGAUCAUGCUCAGGAGCUAGAUGAUGCCCUGGUGUCCACUCUGCAGGCUUUGGAAGCCCUGGCUGCAUCAGAGGACGGACCACACCCCCAACCCCCACAGACUGCAGGUCUGAUUGUGCUGGCCACAAUCACUCCCGAAUCAUCACUGGACUCGGGCCAUGAGACCAACUCUUCUGAGCUCACAGACAUGUCAGAGAUGAUGUCGGCCAUGAAGCAACACCAGAACACCACCUACUUCCUGGCCCAGCACCUCAACAAGGACAGCCUCCUUGCCCGCAAGGACCUGCCCUUCCGGAUCCAGAGCUGUGCAGCCCAGGCCGUUCUUACGGCCCCUUAUUCUCUUGGGCGCCCGGAUCCCAACUCAUCUCUCCAGCCAGUUAUCACAGGCCAGAGUCCUGGUCCCCCUGGCGCUCGAAGGAAGCUGCCCCAGUCAGAAAACCAGGCACAGGGAGAGCGCACAUAUUCCUUGGCAGUGCACCCAGCACUGUCCUCCCAGCUUAGUGAGCAGAAGAAUCUGAGCCUGCUGUCCCCAGUUCCUGAGGACAAAGGGCCUAGCCACACUAGGGCAGGCCUAGAGAUGUCACUGAGGGCGGCCACACCAUCUCUCAGUGAAGAGCAGGUCUCUGAUCUGAGGGAGAACCUGCCUAAGGAGGUCAGGUUGAGCCCCAAGCUUAUCCUGGACCCAAAGGGCAAUGUGACCCCAGCCAUCAUCUCAGCUGCCCUACAGCAGGUGGUUCACAGUAAGAGUCUAGCCACCCCUGGUGGGGCUUUGGGAAACCCCCCCAGCAGAGGGGAGAGAAGGCUGGAGGCCAGCAUGGGGAGGCCAGAGGUUAGCAUGAUGAGUGGCAGUGCCAAUAAGAACCUAAAGUUCAAAAUGAGCCCUGGUGCUCCAGAAAUCUCACAGAAUUCCCAGCAACAGCUCUGCCCAGAGGUUUCUUCCAGCCCCCGAGCACCCACAGGCAGCCGGGCUGACAGCCUGCACCUCUCCUCACAAGAGGACAGGCUGCCUGUUCAAAAUUUUCCUCCCAAAAGCUAUCAUUUGCGAGCGAGUCGAGAGUCAGUGGGCAAGCAAGCUACAGGGGAGGUGACAGGCAAAGGUGGACCCGAGGGUGCUAAGCCUGCCCUGCACAAGCAGGGCGCUGUCUCCAGCCAGGGGGAGAAGGGGCAGCUGGAGACCACACCCAAAAGCAGCAAGCUUGAGGACACAAGCCUGGUCCCCCGAGUUAGCUAUCCCAUGGCUCUGCAGAGCCCCAGCUGCCAACAGCGAAGCCACAGCCCCAGCAGCCAGUCCCGAGGCCAGAGCCCCAGCUGCCAGCCUCGUGGCCAGAGCCCCAGCUGCCAGCCUCGUGGCCAGAGCCCCAGCUGCCAGCCUCGUGGCCAGAGCCCCAGCUGCCAGCUUCGAGGCCAGAGCCCACUGAGGCCUCAGACCGUCAGCCGGCAGGUGAGCACCAUGCCCUCCAGGAAGCUUGAAACCACUCUGAAUGGAGCUCACUCAGUCUCAGAAGGCCCUGCAAAGCCCAAGUCCUCCCGAGGUCCUUUCCGGCUUCGCAAUUUAUUCUCUGCCACCUUCCCAACCCGCCAGAAGAAGGAGACAGAUGAGCGGCAGGCCCAGCUGCAGAAGGUAAAGCAGUAUGAGCUGGAGUUCCUCGAGGAACUUCUAAAGCCACCAAGCCAGGGGGACCUGCCGGGCACCGAGUACUUGCAGCCUCCAGCACCUGGCCGCUGCAGCUGCCAGCUCCGUAGCAGCCCUGUUCAGCAGGGGCCUGGCAUGUCCCGUGAGCAGAGGCGCAGCUGUGACUGCAAGCGCAUCUGCCGCGGGGGCCGGCCCCAAGCAGCCCAGACGCCGGUGCCCAGCCUCCCAGGGAGGGAGAGGGACAGGGUCCUCCCUACCCAGAGGCAGCCAGAGGCCGGCCCAGGCUUGAGCCUUAGCAGCCCCAGCAAUGUCCAGCGCAUCCGUUCCACCAGCCUGGAGUCCCGAGAAUGCCGAUCAGAUCCUGAGAGUGGUGUCUCAUGCCUGACCACGUGUGCCUCGGGGGGCGAGUGCCUGGGUGCUCCCAACUACAGGAAACUGAUGCGCCGCUACAGUAUCAGUGAGCUGGACCAGGGUGACCGGUCCUCGAUGACCCUGGAUGUCUACCCACACCCACCCCUGGGCAUGCUGCCUAGGGAGGCUAAGGAGGUAGAGGCAGGCCUCCCCCUGGCCUUGGGUCCCAAAAGCAAGUCUCUGGAGUCACCAACCCUAGGAGAGCCCUCCUAUGUCCAGGUUACCCCUGAGACCAAAGGCCCCAGACAGAUGGCCGUGUUCUCACUGCCCGAAGAGGUAUACCGGAAGCCUGCUGAGCUGGACGAGGACAGUGAGAGCGGCAAGUGCUGCUCCAUUCGCUACUGCUUCUACUACCGCAAGUGUGACAUAGCGGAUGACACCAGUGAUGGCAAGGACGAGCUCUCCUACUCCAUCCCCAUGAAGAUUCUGCCUGGCAUGAAGCUGGACGAGCAGGUGGUGCCUGUGGUGAGCAGGACCCUGCAGGUGCUGGAUGCUGCCACCUGCAGCAGCAGCAACCCCGAGGCCUCUCGCACUCAGGAGAUUGACCUUCGGGUGUCCACCUUCGAGGGCAGCCUGGCCAAGAUCAAUGCCCUGCGGGCCCAUGCCUAUGGCCUCCCUGAUGGCUUCCUGGCUGCCCGGCUGGACACUAACGAGCUACUGACAGUCCUGCGGCAGUGUGUGGCCAGCCCUGAGGCGCGUGCCCCCAAGCCCUAUGUCUCUCAGAUCUCUGAGUACAAACUCGAGCUAGCUCUUAAGUUCAAGGAGCUCCGGGCCUCCUGCCGCCGUGUGGCCAAUGUGGACAAGAGCCCGACUCACAUGCUGGCAGCCAUCACGGGCAGCUUCCAGGUGCUGAGCAGCCUCAUUGAGACUUUCGUGCGGCUGGUGUUCAUCGUGCGCUCGGAGGCCCAGCGCCAAGAGCUGCUGGCCAAGGUAGAAGAGGUGGUGAGGAACUACACCUUCCUGCUGCGCGCCGCUGAGGAGUCCACAGCCCGGAACCUUAACCAGCAGCAGCAGCAGCAACAGCAGCAACAGCAGCAGCAACAGCAGCAGCAGGUGGCAGCAGCUACGGGGGCAGCCAUGGGGCACCCACCAGGCUCCCCAACUUCAGCGACUGUUAUGAGCACAUUCACCCGCUCCUUAAAAACCUUUAUUAAGUAG